AUGCGCUCCAGCAUCGCCUGCUCUCGGUGCCGCCGAAGUAAGAUCAAGUGCGUCAAUGCCGGAAUCGACACCACAUGUCGUGCUUGCGAAGCCUCUCACCGGGAAUGCGUCUAUCCCACCCCCGCCGUCGGUGGAGGAGGUGCAAAACGUGACAUUGCCGCGACCAUUGACGGUGAUGAGCGAAACGGCGCUGACUGGGAUAAUCCAAAGCGUCAUCGGUCGAGGAAAGUCGCGGGAGGUGCUUCUGGUGCCGCGGGUAAAGACGCCGGUAAGAAUCUGGUCGACGUCCUCGACUCGUCAAUCCUCUCUCCCAAAGUAUGGGAGGCCUUGUCCAAAUCGUUUCAGACGCAGUUCGCCACCAUCCUGCCGUUCAUUGAUUCGACUAUUUUGAAGAAUCAGACUGGCCAGUAUUCGGCAUCUCAAUCAGAUGCUCAAUCAAACCAUUCCGACCACCAUCCGCACAGUCCGCCUCCAAGGACGCAACUGCCCCCUUUGAUCUUGUUGGGCGUCUUGACCUUAACCGCUCGCUUUCACCCCCAACUGGUGGCCUACCAUUCUCCGGCAUCAUCCGGCAACCCGUCCAACCCUUCCGCCGCCUCGGAGUUCUACGCAUCAGCCCUGCGAUCCCGUCUCGCCGGCCCGGAUGGUAUGGGUUUGAUGACCGCAGAUUUAGUCCAUGUACAGGCGUUACUGAUGCUGGCUCUACACGAAUGGGGAAUGUGCCGAGGCAAGAGCGCCUGGCUCUAUGUCGGUAUCGCAAUUCGACUCGCACAGGCCAUGGGCCUGUCCUACGAACUGGAAAACGAUUCCUUAUCUUCCACCAACCGCGGUGAAGCAAACCGCUACGCAGCUCUCAAAGUAGAAGCCGACCAUUUUGGAAUUGUACGCCAAAAAGAACAGCUGGAACAAAGUUCCGACGACGUGAUUGUGCAAGAAACAAAACGAAGGACCUUUUGGGCUUGUUUUAUUAUGGAUCGAUGUCUCAGCAGCGGCAAGCAUCGACCUCGAAUGGUAAAAGUGCGGGAUCUAGAUAUCCAGCUACCGAGCGACGACGCUUUUGCUUUUGGCGAACGGGUACGCACGUCCAAGUUGUCUGAUAGCCCGGAUCGACGAGCUUCGAGUUUUGACGGUCCCGGUGCACAAAUUCCGAGUUUGCGACAGAGUGUACCGUAUGGUGAAGAUAAUUUGCGGAACGGCUCGACAGACUCCAAAGCUUGGUCGCCAGUUUCUAAACGAAUCGAUGGUGAUCACGAUAUCGAUCGCUGGGAAGUCGGUGCGCAAGAGUCUCUUUUAAGUCGUGUUAUUCGAGUCAUUCGGAUAUGGGGCAGUAUUGCCAAAUGGUCGUGUGCUGGAGGUCGACAGAAUGAAACAUACGGUCCAUGGCAACCGGAAUCCAGCUUUUCCAAGCUAAGAAGCAAACUCGCCGAAUUUCAGGAGAACCUGCCACGAAAAUUGCAGUACUCGCAGCGAAGUACAGACGGACAUAGUCAGAAUGAGAAUUCUUUAUCCGCUUAUAUGGUCAUGCACGUGGUCUACUUUUUGUCUUUGAUCGUCUUGCAUCGAGCUUAUCUGCCGUUUCUGCCUCUUCGUUGCAAUGAGCCGGUCGGCCCGUUAGAUGAGCCCACAUUUCCUCGUGAGCAGUACGCUGUGCCAGACGGAUUCUGGCGGGAAAGUACCAGAGAACUAUUCCGAGCAGCGAGGAAUAUGAUGGAUUUGGUUAUUGCUUGCCAGGAACGAGGUGUUCUAGUCGAAACCCCACUUGUCGGGUUUGCGAUUUACAAUGCAGCUUUUAUGGGAAUCUAUGCAGCCCAUUUCAGCCAUAUGGAUGUCGAUGGUUACUUGUCUCCUAGGCAAGCGUUAUCACCUACCGCUACCGGAAUAUCUAUCCAGCCUCAGCUACCGACACGUAAAUCGCUUGAUAUCCUACGUGAUAUGCGACCUCGUUUAAGACUGGCGAUUGGCUGGUUCCGUACGCUGAACCGGUUGCAUAGUUACUUUGUGAAGGUCAAGAGGGAUUUCAAGUCACGGUCCCGCAGUGGUGAUAGUAUUCAUAGUCCCAUGGGCUUGAGACCAGUUCGUGAGGGCGGUCCAGGAGGUGGAUUAGAAGAGUUUAAGCUCCUGGAAAAGAUAUUCCUCGAGUUUGGAAACAUCGACGAUCAAAUACCAGACACAAACUGUUUGGACGAUGACGGUACAGGAACAAUCACUGCAGUAUCAGAUCGUGGAGGUGAGACAGCCAGCAAUGCUGUGAAGAGUGAAUCAGGCGAUUCUACGAUGGAUGGCAUUGUACAGCAAAAACGCGAUUCCUGGGUUACUGUCAACAGUUCCAAGAAUCUUCCACCUCUACCUCUUACACCUGCUGCAUCCGAUGCAGACCUCUCCAGAAACGAGAUGGAUCGUCGCCCAAGUCUCCCUCUACCGUCUCGACCAAUGCCGUCUCAAUCCUCUUCUUCAUCGUAUGCCUUCCCACCAAUUCAACAACAUCCAAUCGUCUCAACUGCCUCACCCAGUUUACCUUCCAUAACAUCGCCGACUGCAUUCAAUUCGACCGGUGCAGGUCAAGCCAACCAACAGCCAUCAUCCACAUCCCAUCGCUUACAACCGCUCAAUCCAUGGCUCCCUACUCACCAACAGGGCCCUCCACCUCCUCCAUACUCUCAAAACUUACCGCCAAUUAACGCCGCAACCCAAAACAAUCAUUCACCUUAUCCACCCAUGCUCCCACCACCAGGCUCUUCGGCUGUUCCUCAACAACAACCCUCAACAUCAACAUCACUAGGCUACGCACCGACACCAGUCUCAACAGCCAACGGCAGUGGAAUGUUAGACUCAAUCCUAGAUUAUUACUACCCGGCUAUAUGGUCCAGUAGUCUCGGCGGCGACGACGUACUCUCUUUUCUCUCCGACGGCACACUCGAGCAAGGGCACAUAAUCACAAAUUCUGAAGUUGGUUCUCCGUCUGGAUGGUUAAAUGCGAUUUGGAAUGAUUUCACUUAA